AUGGCGCCCUCAGCUAUUCAAUCAGAGAGUCCUUAUACUCAAGGUAUUGACAAAGCGAAGGUCAGGACAUUGAAGGAGAACACAUUGUCGUCUGAAUUCAACGCCACCCGCCACUUGAACUUCGAGCCUCCGAACGAGUACUACACCCUCGACAAGCUGGGGUUAUCUUCCACUGGCUCAAUAUCCCCGGUAGCGAUCACUGCAUCGUUCCCCCUGCUCAGCGAUGAAGGCAUCCGCAAAGCACGCGCCGACCUCUUCCGGACGGAAAUGCUAGCCAAGCACAAAUACGUCGAAUCCAAGGACCCAGGCGUAUACAAGCUUCGCGGAUAUGGAAAAGAUGCACGUUUCGUGUAUGACAUGUGGACGUCGAAAGAAAUGCUAGCUGCAUGCUCUGCGGCUGCUGGUUGCGAGCUGGACGUUGUGUUUGAUUACGAGAUUGGACAUAUCAAUGUGCAGCUACCGCCAGGUGUGGAUGAAGGCGGUGAAGACCUUGAGAGAUUGUUGCCGCCUGUGGACCCCCCGCGUCAGAGGGCAGAGGUCAGCGACGAAGAAGCAGCAAAAGCCGCGGAGGCUGGUAUUGCCAACGUCACGGCGUGGCAUAACGAUUCUUUCCCAUGGGUCUGUGUUGUGAUGCUCUCCGAUCCGACCGGCAUGAAAGGUGGCGAGACCGCAUUACGAAAAGGCGAUGGCAGCAUCCUGAAAGUUCGAGGGCCGUCGAAGGGUUAUGCUGUGAUGAUGCAAGGGGGUCUGAUCAACCACGUAGCCUUGAAGACGCUUGGUGACGGAGAGCGGAUCACCAUGGUAACUUCCUUCCGACCACGAGAUCCGCACGCGGUGGAUUCGAGCAACCUGGGGAAUGUCAAAGCGGUGAGCGAGCCAGGGCAGCUCUUCACGCAAUGGACACUAUACCGAACAGCGGUUUUGGAAGAGCGAUGUCGAAGAUUUGCAGAGGAUCUUCGAGAGGCGAGGCUGACUGGAGAUGAAGUCGAGGUGAUGGUCGGCAAGUGGGCGAGAGAACAGAUUCAGUAUAUCGAGCGCACAGCCAAGGAGCUGACAGAUGAAGGUGAGAAGGGGAACUACAACCAUAAGUUUGUCAGGCGACCUGGAGAGACCGUGGGAAGGGACUUGUAA